CCCAAGCCCUGUGCCCCCGAAGACAUGGAAUUUGUGUCUGGUUACCGGGAUGAGUUCCUCGAUUUCGCUGCCCUUCUCUUUGGCUGGUUCCGCAAGUUUGUGUCAGAGCGUGGGGCAGUAGGGGGCAGUUUUGAAGGCCGUUGGCGACAACUGGAGGCUCAGAUCAGAAGGCUACCUCAGGACCCUGCCCUUUGGGUGCUCCAUGUCUUACCCAACCGCAGUGUGGGCAUCAGCCUGGGCCAAGGGGCAGAGCCAGGCCUAGGAUCAGGCCUGGGGGCUGCCCGGCUCUUGGGAGAUGAGCCUCCACUCCACCUGCAAGACCUAACCCCCUAUGUUAGCUUUGUCAGCCUGGAGGAAGGAGAGGAGGAGGAGGAGGAGGAGGAAGAGGAGGAAGAGAACAGAGAAGAGGAGGGUCAAGGCCCUAAGGCAGAAACAGAUAAGAAUGGGGAGGCAGCCCCGACCAACAGAGAGUGCCUGCAGGAAGCAAAUCCAUCAGGGGAGUCCAAAGAGACUGAAAAGCAAACAGGAGGUAUUGAGAAUGGCUGCCGAGAGGACAGAACUGAGGAUGAAGCAGGGCUUGAGAAGAGGAAGGGACGAAGAAGUGAGGCUGCCCCCCUUCAUCUUUCCUGCCUCUUAUUGGUGACAGAUGAACAUGGCACCAUCUUGGGCAUUGACCUGCUAAUGGAUGGAGUCCCAGGCAAUACAGGCAGGGGCACAGGGACCGAGAACCUGGCUCGUCGGGCCUAUGCUCUCCUCUGCCACAGCAUGGCCUGCCCCAUGGGCUCCGGAGACCCUAGGAAGCCCCGGCAGCUUACUGUGGGAGAUGCCCAGCUACAUAGAGAUCUGGAGAGUCUAAUUCCAAGAUUGGGAGUAAAGUUAGCCAAGACCCCAAUGCGGACCUGGGGGCCCCGGCCAGGCUUCACCUUUGCCUCCCUUCGGGCUCGAACUUGCCAUGUUUGUCACAGGCACAGCUUUGAAGUGAAGCUGACACCCUGCCCCCAGUGUAGUGCUGUCUUGUACUGUGGAGAGGCUUGUCUCCGGGCUGACUGGCGCCGAUGCCCAGAUGAUGUGAGCCAUCGAUUUUGGUGCCCAAGGCUUGCGGCCUUCAUGGAGAAGGCAGGAGAACUGGCAACUCUGCCUUUUACCUACACUGCAGAAGUGACCAGUGAAACCUUUAACAAGGAGGCCUUCUUGGCCUCCCGCGGCCUCACUCGUGGCUACUGGACCCAACUCAGCAUGCUGAUUCCAGGCCCUGGAACCCCCAGGCAUCCCCGCGGCAGCAUGCCAUCUCUCAAUCUUCUUCUCAGUGGAGACCCCUAUCAGCUUCUCCAGGGGGAUGGGCCUCCCCUGAUGCCUCCUGUGCCCUCAGAUCCACCCAGGGGCCUCUUUGGCUCAUGGCAGGAUUACUACGCAUGGAGGGGCCUUGGCUUGGACUCCCCGAUGGCUGUGCUUCUCACCUAUCCACUGACGGUGUACUAUGUCAUCACCCAUCUGGUGCCUCAGUCCUUCCCUGAGCUCAACAUCCAGAACAAACAGUCACUGAAAAUCCAUGUGGUAGAAGCUGGGAAGGAGUUUGACCUUAUCAUGGUGUUUUGGGAGCUCUUGGUCCUGCUCCCCCAUGUGGCCCUGGAGCUGCAGUUCGUAGGUGACGGCCUGCCCCCAGAGAGUGACCAGCAGCAUUUCACCCUGCAGAGAGACGGCCCCAAAGUAUCUGUCCGGCCGGGUCCUGCCUCAGCUCGCCUCAGCUCUGGGACUAAAGAGAAGGGGGGUCGCAGAGACCUGCAGAUCAAGGUGUCUGUCCGGCCCUACCACCUGCUCCAGGGGCCCAAGCCUGACGUGGUUAUCGGAUUCAACUCCGGCUUUGGUCUCAAGGACACGUGGCUGAGCUCACUGCCCAGGUUACAGUCCCUCCGAGUGCCGGCCUUCUUCACCGAGAGCAGUGAGUACGGCUGCGUGAUGGAUGACCAGACCAUGGCGGUGGCCACCGGCGGCGGCACCAGCCCUCCGCAGCCCAAUCCUUUCCGCUCCCCGUUCCGACUCAGAGCCGCGGACAACUGCAUGCCCUGGUACUGCAACGCCUUCAUCUUCCACCUGGUCUACAAACCUGCCCAGGGCAGCGGGGUCCGCCCGCCCCCGGGGCCCGCGCCGGCCGCCCCGACCCCCGCGGUCCCUCCCGCCCCGCCCCGGCGGCGUCGAGGGGACAAGAAACCCGGGGGCGGGGGCCGCCGUCGGAGGUGA